UAUGCUGCAUUCAGGUGCUCCUCACACAGUCAGUCAUGCUGCAUUCAGGUGCUCCUCACACAGUCAGUCAUGCUGCAUUCAGGUGCUCCUCACACAGUCAGUCAUGCUGCAUUCAGGUGCUCCUCUGACAGUCAGUCAUGCUGCAUUCAGGUGCUCCUCACACAGUCAGUCAUGCUGCAUUCAGGUGCUCCUCUGACAGUCAGUCAUGCUGCAUUCAGGUGCUCCUCCUCAUGUUUUGUAAAUGUUAACAUACUUUUGAUUAAUAUCACUUUUAAGAGUCCCCUGAUCUUCAUCAGCUGAUGUUUCACAGGAAGUAAAGAAACACGUGACCAUCAGCUGAUGUUUCCUGAUGAUAAUAUAUUAGUUCUAUCUCCUGUUUUAUUCUCUAUAUGUAUUAAAUUCACUUUAUAUCUAAAUGUAUUCACUGAUUAUAUUAAAGUGUCUCACCUUCAUAUACCCGUGCUUUUAUUUUGAAUGUCCGUGAGCGGAAGUAGUCAUGUUUAAAAGAAACGGCGUCCUGUCAGCCUGUUAGCCUGUCAGCCUGUUAGCUCGUGGUCGUGAGCAGGUGUGAGCAGGUGUGAGCAGGUGACAUGUCGCGGGUCAGGUCUGAGGCGGAGCUGCGGACUCUGAACGAGUGUGAGUACAGGUAUCCCGUUGAGUCUCUCUCUGAUGUUCGGAGCGUUCGUUCUCUCUUUCCUGAUCUUCGUCUCUACGUCGACUUUUACUGUUUUCCAAACAAAGAGAAGAAGAGGUUGCUGUACCUGGCUGGGACACUUCCUGUUCACUUUGAAGGAAGUGUUUAUAAUAUCCCAGUGUGCAUCUGGCUCCAUGAGACUCACCCCCUGUCCCGACCUCGCUGCUACGUCUGUCCCUCUGUUACCAUGGUGAUCAACCCCGCCUGUCCAAGCGUCGACGCCUCGGGAAACAUCAGCCUGGACGGACUGAGGAACUGGACUUAUGGUGUGUCCACCCUGUCACUGCUUGUGUCAGAGAUGAAGCGGGCGUUCCAGAAGGACACACCUCUUUAUGCCAGAAAUCCUGUGCCAGUCCCGCCCCCUGCAGGUGUGCAGGUGGCCCAGUCUGCUGGAAGCCUUCACCACUGCUCCUCCUCCUCCUCCUCCUCCUCCUCUGGACUGAGAGGUAAACUUCCUGUGGCUCAGGAGCUAACUGUCCCUGUGUGGAAACAUGAGGUCAAUAGAACAAAUCAUUUUUUGAUUUCAAACAGUAUAAGAGUAGGAUAGUUAUUCAUAUAAUGA